AUGGAACAAAAGGGGAAUCAGAGCUCCACUGGCAGUUGAUGGCUUCUGGGGAAGAAAAAGCCAGUUUUCUUUAAAGGUGUGGUCCCUGCUGUUUUCCUGCUGCCUUGAAUUCCCACAAUGAUGGAUCACCACCCUUCAAACUGAAGUUUCCCUGCUCCCUGCAGCUUAAUUUGUAGAAGACAACUGGCGACAACACAAGGUAGAAUACUAGCAAUGGUCUAGGCUUCUUUAGUGAGACAUGUUGAGAAUUUUCAGAUGGAGCUUACCAGUGCUCUGGAAGGAAUAGAUGUCUGAGGAGCCAGCCAGAUAUCCUCUUAAGGAAAAUCUCUCCAGGUUGACGUCUCCAGGGCUUUGGGGUAGAUUCUUGAAGAUCUGAGGUUUUGGAACUCUAGGAAACCAAAAUGCAUGUACUUCGGCAUGAUGAAGACAUCCGGGUGGAGAACCGACUCCUGCAGGAACUCUGAAGAGCCACCACGAUGCAGCUGUGAAUGAUGAGUAGCGCCUACUGUGGUAAUUCUUCAGCAAAGAUGAGUGUCCACGAAGCCUCCGAAUCCUCCCUGUCUCUGGAGCAAAAGACCGGCUUUGCCUUUGUGGGCAUCUUGUGCAUUUUCUUGGGACUUCUCAUCAUCAGAUGCUUCAAGAUUCUCUUAGACCCAUAUAGUAGCAUGCCCUCUUCUACAUGGGAAGAUGAAGUCGAAGAGUUUGACAAGGGGACCUUUGAGUAUGCACUUGCCUGACGGUGGUUCAGAUUCAUGGUAUUCCCCGUUCCAUUGAGAAAUGUGACAGAUACGUUUGUAAUUAGCUUGCCUGUGAUGCUGGAGAGAGGGUCAUUCCAUUCAUGACAUUCAAUAAACAUCUGUGAUUGAUUUAUCCAC